GCCUAGUAGGUUUAGGGUUUUGCUAUAUUUAAGCGUCUUUUUCUUCCGUUCUUCCUCCGCCUUUUGCAGCAGAAGCCGUAUCUUCACGAUGGCGUUUGCGAAAGCCCAGAAGACCAGAGCUUAUUUCAAGCGUUUCCAGGUCAAGUACAAGAGAAGGCGAGAUGGCAAGACUGAUUACCGGGCCAGGAUUCGCCUGAUUAAUCAGGAUAAGAACAAGUACAACACACCCAAGUACCGAUUCGUCGUUCGAUUUACCAACAAGGAUGUUGUAGCUCAGAUUAUCAGCUCUACCAUUGCUGGUGAUAAUGUCAUGGCAGCUGCUUAUUCCCAUGAGCUUCCCCGGUAUGGGCUGGAGGUUGGGCUCACCAAUUACGCUGCUGCGUACUGCACUGGGCUUCUCCUUGCUCGUAGGGUUCUGAAAAUGCUUGAGAUGGAUCAGGAGUAUGAGGGAAAUGUUGAGGCUACCGGAGAGGAUUACUCAGUUGAACCUACAGAUAGGAGACCUUUCCGUGCUCUUCUUGAUGUUGGUCUUGUUAGGACAACCACUGGAAACCGUGUCUUUGGUGCCCUCAAGGGUGCUUUGGAUGGUGGUCUUGACAUUCCUCACAGUGAGAAGAGGUUUGCUGGUUUCAGCAAAGACAGCAAGCAGCUUGAUGCUGAGGUUCACCGCAAGUACCUCUAUGCUGGCCAUGUUGCUAACUACAUGAGGAUAUUGCAAGAGGACGAGCCAGAGAAGUAUCAUUCUCACUUCAGUGAGUACUUGAAGAGAGGCAUCGGACCGGAUGAGGUAGACGAACUGUACAAGAAGGUUCAUGCUGCUAUACGCGCCGACCCAACAGCCAAGAAGACUGGAAAGCCAGCUCCCAAAGAGCAGAAGAGGUCAGCUUCCAUUUCCCCUCAUCUUGUCAUCCUCAACGCACCAUUAUAGCAAUCCAAAUUUUAUCGUUUCAAUGCUGAUGAGGUUUUGCUAUGCCUACUGCUUUCCUUCUGCAGGCACAACCCGAAGAGGCUGACUUAUGAUGAACGUAGGAACAAGUUGAUCGACAGGCUCAAGGCUUUGAACUCCGCUGCAGAUGAGGACGAGGAUGACGAAUAGAUUUAGUUGUACUGAAGCUUGGGUUUUUGUCUUGAAGGAUAUUAGUAUGGACAGAAUUGAAAUGUUCAGGGGAUCUGUUCCUGUGAAUUUUGGUUAUAUGUGCUGUUAGUUUUGGAUCUAUCGUUGAAUGAUUUUUACAUUUUAUUUUAAUCCCUUUUUCUGUUUGAAUACCAGUGAGAUGAAUCUAGUUAUCUUCUAUAAU